AUGGAACUGAAGGCUGAGGAGGAGGAGGUGGGUGGCGUCCAGCCGGUGAGCAUCCAGGCCUUCGCCAGCAGCUCCACGUUGCACGGCCUGGCCCACAUCUUCUCCUACGAGCGGCUGUCUCUGAAGCGGGCGCUCUGGGCCCUCUGCUUCCUGGGCUCACUGGCUGUGCUGCUGUGUGUGUGCACCGAGCGCGUGCAGUACUACUUCCACUACCACCACGUCACCAAGCUCGACGAGGUGGCUGCCUCCCAGCUCACCUUCCCUGCUGUCACACUGUGCAACCUCAACGAGUUCCGCUUUAGCCAAGUCUCCAAGAACGACCUGUACCACGCUGGGGAGCUGCUGGCUCUGCUCAACAACAGGUAUGAGAUACCAGACACACAGAUGGCAGACGAAAAGCAGCUGGAGAUACUGCAGGACAAGGCCAACUUCCGCAGCUUCAAGCCCAAGCCCUUCAACAUGCGCGAGUUCUACGACCGUGCGGGGCACGACAUUCGAGACAUGCUGCUCUCCUGCCACUUUCGUGGGGAGGUCUGCAGCGCUGAGGACUUCAAGGUGGUUGACCUCAACAGCCCCUUUCUACUCUGCCCGUAA